GUACACGGGUCCACUGUUGGAGGAGGAAGCCCUGAAUAAAGCGGCAGAAAAUGGAUUGGCUUCACCAGAAUUUUCUGAGCUUUGUGUUUGGUUAGGUUCCCAAAUAAAGUCACUUUGUAAUAUGGAAGAAAGCAUCACUUCAACAGAUGGUGAUAAAGAUAUAGAGAGCUUCCAGCUUGAGAUUAGUGGCUUUCUGAGAGAAAUGGCUUGUCCCUAUUCAUCACUUAUAUCUGGAGACAUCAAGGACAGAUUAAGAGAGAAAGAAGAUUGUUUCAAACUCCUCUUAUUUCUAAGUACAGAACUUCAGGCUUUAAAGAUAUUGCACAGCAAGAAAACUAAAGGCUCUCAUUUGGAAAAGCACAGUGAAAUUUAUCAGGAGGUGCAAGCUAUUUGCGAUGCACUGGGCCUGCCCAAUUCCUCGUCUUCUGAUAUUCCUCCCUUGUUAACCAAUGUGGAACAAAAGAUAAAGGACAUUCUCUCAAAAGUUCAAAAUAACCAUGUGGGGAAAUCACUGCUAACAAAACCUCUGAAUUCUGAUCAAGUGGAAAGAUUGGAAAAGAUCAAUGAUGCUCUUCGCAGCGAGUACGAAUGUCGCCGACGGAUGUUAAUGAAGAGACUGGAUGUGACAGUGCAGUCUUUUGGCUGGUCUGAUAGAGCAAAGGUAAAAACAGAUGACAUAGCACGAAUCUAUCAGCCCAAGCGCUAUGCAUUAUCUCCAAAGUCAACUAUUACAUUAGCUCACCUUCUUGCUGCUCGAGAAGACCUGUCAAAGAUCAUAAGAACAAGUAGUGGAUCGACACGAGAAAACACGGUCUGUGCCAUCAACAAGGUUCUGAUGGGGAGAGUACCUGACCGUGGAGGCAGACCAACAGAAAUUGAACCACCUCCUCCCGAAAUGCCUCCUUGGCAAAAAAGACAAGAAGGUGGUGGAAGAGGUGGCUGG